GAGGGCGGGUGCAUAGUUUGAGAGUGUUGUCAGACUUGAGCCAAACUAUUUUCUCUCUCUCUCGUACGAAGAAUUCCAUCAAACUCUCGGACCAACACUCCGUGAGAAAUUAAAUAAAAAUAUUUUAAUAUUCUCUUUUUUCGUCUUCUUCUUGCUUAAAAAAAAACCAGCUUUACCUUUCCCCACACACUUCUCUAUCUCUCUCUACCACUGUUUCUCUCAUUAGCUAUUUGCAGGGUUUUUCUUCUUCUUCAGUGUUUUUGAUCAGCUUGAAAAUAUCCUAGCCAUGGAUACAGCUAAAUGGCCUCAGAAGGAAUUUAUUGUGAAGCCAAUGAACGAGACAUGCUUGAAACAGCCGAAUCCUGCUGCUGCUCCAGUGGAGGAGAAGAAGGCAAGACCGGAGAAAUAUCAUGCUUUGAACUGUCCAAGAUGCAACUCCCUUAACACCAAGUUCUGUUACUACAACAACUACAGCCUCACUCAGCCCAGGUACUUCUGUAAAGACUGCAAGAGAUACUGGACCCAAGGUGGCUCUCUCAGGAACAUCCCCAUCGGCGGUGUUGUCCGGAAAAACAAGAGAUCUUCCUCUUCCUCUUCUUCCAAUUCCAAUUCCUCUUCCUCUUCAAAGAAAACUCUUUCUGUCAACAACAAAACGCCACCACCACUUCAACAGCUAAACCUUAAGACUGUUGAGAAUGACCACGUGGCUAAAGCGUGUUCUCAUGGUUUUGGUAACGCCCACGAGGCCAAAGAUCUCAACUCGGCGUUUUCUCUAGGGUUUGAGAUUGGUCAUCAUCAUCAUCAAAGUAUUCCUGAGUUUCUGCAAGUAGUGCCCAGCAGUAUGAAGAACCACACACCUGUAUCAACCUCGUCGGCUUUGGAGCUUUUAGGGAUCUCCAAUUCCUCAACCACCUCCUCUAACUCAAGCCCUGCUUUCGUGACCUAUCCUAACGUUCAUGAUUCGUCCGUGUACACAGCAGCAUCACCUGGGUUUGGUAUGAGUUACCCACAGUUUCAAGAGUUCAUGAGACCACCUUUGGGGUUCUCUCUUGAUGGUGGGGAUUCUCUACAUCUAGAAGAGGGGUCCAGUGGCACUGACAAUGGAAGGCCUUUGCUGCCUUUUGAGAGCCUGAAACUUCAUGUUUCAUCUUCAAGCACCAAUAGUGGUGGUGGUGGCAAUGGGAAUGAUCAUAAGCGUGAGAAAGAAGAAGGAGAAGCUGACAACUCUGUUGGGUUUUGGAAUGGCAUGUUAAGUGCUGGUGACUCGGCUGCCUCUGCUGGUGGACCAUGGCAAUAAUUAUAGUCAAGGAGAGUUUCUUAGAAGA